UCAAGUUGAUGCCACCCCACACACGUGAGGCUGGGAUCAGGGGUGGCACUGACCCGGCUGGGGAGCCCACUCCCGAGGUACGACCCAGGGAUGUGCACAGCCACAUUCCAAAGACGCACGGGAUGAGAUCAGCCCGGGUGACCCUGGGACUUUGCCCUCCUCGGCAGGAGCCGGUCCUGUGCACCCUGUGUGCCUGUCCAUCUGGAAGGCCCAGCAUGAGAGGCCCAGCCAUCCUCCUCACUGUGGCUCUGGCCACGCUCCUGGCUCCCGGGGCCGGGGCACCGGUACAAAGUCAGGGCUCCCGGAACAAGCUGCUUCUGGUGUCCUUCGACGGCUUCCGCUGGAACUAUGACCAGGACGUGGACACCCCCAACCUGGAUGCCAUGGCCCGAGACGGGGUGAAGGCACGCUACAUGACCCCCGCCUUUGUCACCAUGACCAGCCCCUGCCACUUCACCCUGGUCACCGGCAAAUAUAUCGAGAACCACGGGGUGGUUCACAACAUGUACUACAACACCACCAGCAGGGUGAAGCUGCCCUACCACGCCACGCUGGGCAUCCAGAGGUGGUGGGACAAUGGCAGCGUGCCCAUCUGGAUCACGGCCCAGAGGCAGGGUCUGAGGGCUGGCUCCUUCUUCUACCCGGGCGGGAACGUCACCUACCAAGGGGUGGCCGUGACGCGGAGCCGGAAGGAAGGCAUCGCGCACAACUACAAAAAUGAGACGGAGUGGAGAGCGAACAUCGACACGGUGAUGGCGUGGUUCACGGAGGAGGACCUGGAUCUGGUCACACUCUACUUCGGGGAGCCAGACUCCACGGGCCACAAGUACGGCCCCGAGUCCCCGGAGAGGAGGGAGAUGGUGCGGCAGGUGGAUCGGACCGUGGGCUACCUGCGGGAGAGCAUUGCUCGCAACCACCUCACAGACCACCUCAACCUGAUCAUCACAUCCGACCACGGCAUGACGACCGUGGACAAGCAGGCUGGCGACCUGGUCGAAUUCCACAAGUUCCCCAACUUCACCUUCCAGGACAUCCAGUUUGAGCUCCUGGACUACGGACCAAACGGGAUGCUGCUCCCUAAAGAAGGGAGGCUGGAGAAGGUAUACAAUGCGCUCAAGGAUGCCCACCCCAAGCUCCACGUCUACAAGAAGGAGGAGUUCCCCGAGGCCUUCCAUUACGCCAACAACCCCAGGGUCACACCUCUGCUGAUGUACAGCGACCUUGGCUACGUCAUCCACGGGAGAGUUAACGUCCAGUUCAACAAUGGGGAGCACGGCUUUGACAACAAAGACAUGGACAUGAAGACCAUCUUCCGCGCUGUGGGCCCCAGCUUCAAGGCGGGCCUGGAGGUGGAGCCCUUUGAGAGCGUCCACGUGUACGAGCUCAUGUGCCGGCUGCUGGGCAUCGUGCCCGAGGCCAACGAUGGGGACCCGGCUACCCUGCUGCCUAUGCUGCACACGGGUGAGGGCAGGGUGCCCCAAAUCCCGGCCUGCUCGAGUGUGCACAGGUGUGCACACGUGGGUGCCUGCGUGCCUGUGACCAGGAUACGCCUCAAACCCCGAGCGGGGCUGCCUCCCCUGGCUUUGGGGAAUACCGGAAUCCCUCACAUUCCCACAACACGUGACCUCUCAGGAGCACCUCAUGCAUCUCGGGCAGCACAAGAGGGCGAGCGGGAGGAGUGGGCAGCCUUGCUCAAGAAGGGGACAGAGGGAGCAAGGGUGGCCCAGGCGGGCCUGCUGUGCAGAGCCCACCUCCUGGCUGCUGGAUCCCCACUCCCCACUCCCCACCACGGCAACCUGAGGGCCUCCUUUCUAGAAUCUUCCUGUAUCAGCCUCCCACACACACACACCUCCCCACCUGAACCUGAUCCAUCCUGGGGACAAAGGUCACCUGGAAACUGACAAGGUGGCGACCCUGGUGGGGGCCUGGCUGGAGAGGGCUGGGCCCUCCUGAGCAGGGCUGUGAAGUGCCGUGGUGGACAAGGGCCAUGGGACCAAGGCGGCGGUGAAAGAGGAAGUGGGGGGCUCGUGGGGACCAC